AUGGACAAAUUGUAUAUUGGUAUACGAGCCGAAGAUAAAUCGUAUAUGGAAAGAAGAACACCCAUUCCCCCUCAUGAUUGCAAGUAUAUUAUGGAAAAAGUAAUUAAAUUCAAAAUAUUCAUAGCAUAAUCAAAUUUAAAUAGUUGUAUAGCCUUCAACUAAGAGAAUAUUCACAGAUGAUUAAUACUUAGAAGUUGGAUGCUUAGUUUAAGAAGAUUUAUCGAUCUGCAGAGCAAUUAUUUGUAUAAAGGAAAUCCCGCUUGAAAAAUAUAUUGAAGGAAUGACAUAUUUAAAUUGGUCUCAUACUUUAGAAGGCGAACCAUAUAAUAUGCCAGCCUUGGAUGUGAUGCUUAAGAAAAAUAUUAGGCAUUUGGAGUAUGAAAGAAUUUAUGACGAUAACGUAAAUCAAUAAUAUAUUAAAUUAGGGUGUUAACAUAACCUCGUUUCCUUAUGCUGGUAUUGCAGGAAUGAUUACAUUCUUGAAUGAAUACGGCAAGUAUUUACUAAAAAGAGACAUGAAUACCCCAUUCUUGUAAAUAGGUCCUACUUUCUAAUAUUAUAAUAAAAAAGAUGCUUAUGAAGCCUUAUAGAAGUCAGGCCAAGCGAUUAAAGAAAGAGGACUUCCUCCUAAGUUAGGGUUGCCUUUAAUAAUUGGAGUAAUGGGUUCUACUGGUUCAUGUGGUAAAGGCUCAUUGGAAGCCUUGUCGCAACUUCAGAUUACACUGGUAAAUCCGGAUGAUUUGAAAGAACUAGUAAGGAACUCUGAUGAUAAAAAACAUAGAAAUACUAUCUAUGUUUGUCCUUUCAAAACUACAGAUUUGGUCAGACAUAAACGUGAUAUUCACAAAGAAUUCACAUCUUAAGAUUAUUAUGAAAGUCCAUUAGAUUAUGAACCUAUUUUCCAUUAGAAAUAUUUACCUUAUCUCACUAUCCUCGUUAACGAUAUUUAUUGGGAAUACAAGUUUCCUAGAUAUGUUACUGAUUCCUAAAUUAAAGUAAAAAGCAUAUUUCAAAUUUAAGGAAUUAGUUGAAUCUGGAAAUAGUAGAUUGCAAGCUGUAUGUGAUGUAACAUGUGAUUUAGAAGGUUCCAUCUAAUUUUUAAAGAAAUUUACUAAUCCUGAUCAUCCUGUUUACUAUUUUAAUCCCAUAUCUCAAUAAAUACAUGAUGAAUUUGAUUUCAAAUCCCAAAAUGAUAUUAUGUAUAUGUCAAUUGAUUUCUUACCAUCACAAAUGCCAUAUGAAGCCAGUAUGGAUUUUGGAAAGGCUUUAAAGGAUAUUAUCCCAUAUUUAGCUUAUUCAGACCCUACUAAACCAUUAGAAGAAAGUGGUCUACCUGAAUUUUUAUAAAAUGCAACUGUUACAUUGCAUGGAUAACUCACUUAAAAAUUUGAAUAUAUUAAUGAAUUAAGAAAAAUUAAUGAAACAGAAAAUGACCAUCAACAGUUUAAAAUGAUGACAUCAUAUUAUUCAAACAAAUUAAAUGCAAUUAAAGAAAACACUUCAAUUGAAAAUAAGUUACUAUCUUAAUAAUAACUGUAACUUAAAUUAUAAUUAUAUUAGAUCUACUGAAUCUGAUGCAUAGGAUGAUAGAAUCCAAUCAGAUAAUUUAUUAAGAAAUUAACAUAUUUCUUUUAGCAAUAGUGAAACAAAGAUUGAUGAGGUUAGAUAAAUUAAUGAUCAACAAAUUUUUGAAGAGCAAAUCUAAAUUUAAUGA